AUGGUCGGUCCCAUAGCAUCCCUCUCACAGCUAAAUCGUGCCGACGGUUCAGCGUCAUACAAAUGUCCGGCCACCGGUUACAGCAUUUUGGGUGCAGUCAACGCGCCCAUUGAGCUCCCAGCUCGCCGUGACGCAUUGAAACCCGAAGAAGCCACUGUGGAGGUCUUUGUCAAACCUGGUACGACAACUGCUGGCGUCGGUGAAAGAUAUGUUGAAGGAAUCCUGCGGUCUGUGCUAGGGAAAAUAGUCCUCGGACGGGAGAAGGGUUUCCCCCGUCGCGGCGUGGUCAUCACCCUGGCUAUUGUUGGAGGAGAGAACGUGGAACGUGGUGACUCUUACCUUACUAUCCUUCCGGCUCUCCUGCAUGCUGCCUUACUCGCUAUGAUAUCCGCCUCCGUUCCUCUGUCGAUGACCUUCUCCGCGACCCUCCUUGGUGUAACCAAAUCUGGUGAUAUUGUGCGGGACCCCUCCCCGACCGCCGCCAAGGCUGCUGUGUCCCUCCAUGUCUUUGCCUUCUCCUCGAAGAACCAUCUUUUGUUGAACGAGAGUGAGGGUCGGUUUGAAUUUGAUACCUGGGAACUUGUCCGUGAGCGUGCGCUCUCUAUCUGCCAGGGUGUGACCAGUACAGAUGGCGAUGUUACCAUGGACGAAGGAACGGCCAGUGCCAGUUUGAACGGAUUCAUCCGGGAGACCGUGGAGGACCAGGUCUACAGCGAUUAUGCCUACAAGCUGGACUCUAUCUGA